UAGUCUGGUUUGUCAUAACAUCCUGUGUGUAAGUGUGUUCUGGAACAGACAAAGGCAACUAGUUCAGUGGGGAAGAAAUAACGGAUCGUAAGCCGGAGCUCUCUGUCAUGGGCAAGGCGAAGGCCAACGCUGGGCCCCUGGCCCGGAGGCCUGAUAACUCUGCUUUCAAACAGCAGAGACUGCCUGCCUGGUCCCCCAUGCUCACAGCUCAAACCGUCCUGCCUUUCUUCUACGGUAUGGCCAUUGUGUGUGUGCUGCUGGGAGUGUGGCUACUUGUCACCGUGCAGAAUACACAUGAACUGAAGGUAGACUACACACACGCAGGGUCAUGUGAUAAGUGUUUUGAGAAGCGUAAAGACCGUGCCAAUGCGAACCAGAGCUGCAACUGCACUGUGGUGUUUAACAUUGAGAACACGUUCAAGGGAGAUGUGUUCUUCUAUUACGGCCUGAUCAACUUCCACCAGAACCUCCGGCAAUACAUGGACUCCAGGGAUGAUGGACAGAUGAUUGGGAGAAAUAAAAACCUCAAGAACCCGAGCUACUAUUGCGAGCCCUUCAUAAAGGAUAAGAACGGACUCCCUAUUGCCCCUUGUGGGGCUGUGGCCAACAGCAUGUUCAACGACUCCUUCACUCUGAUGUACCACUCAGCAGCAGGCAGUCGGGUGGUUCCUCUAUUCAGGAAGGGCAUCACCUGGUACACCGACAAGAACGUCAAGUUCCGCAACCCACAGGUGGAGAACAAAACCCUAACGUUAGCACAGGUGUUUGAAGGCACGGGCCAGCCUCUGUACUGGCAGAAGCCUGUGUAUGACCUGGACCCCUGGGACCGCAACAACAACGGCUUCAUCAACGAGGACCUCAUCGUGUGGAUGAGGGAGGCUGCCUUCCCCAACUUCAAGAAGCUCUACGGGGUCCUAAACCGAGCCAUAGAACCCUUCACCGAUGGGCUGCCGGCUGGAAACUACAGCGUCCUUAUCUCCUACAACUUCCCAGUGGAGUACUUCCAGGGCAGAAAGGAAGUGGUCCUGUCCACAGUCAGCUGGUUUGGGGGUCAGAACAACUUCCUGCCCGUAGCCUACCUGGUCACAGGCUGUCUCAUCCUGCUCCUCGCUGUCAUCCUCACCGCCGUCUGGUGGAAGUUUGGUAAGAACGGACGGAAUAUGAAGGAGUGAUGGAAAAGGUGAAGAAGAAGAGGAGACCUAUGGAAUUCAUAAUGCUGUAGAUAGUGAAUGUGAUUAUUAAAAUGGUCUAAAUUGAUGUAGUUCUGGAUUAGAGAUGGGGUUUGUGUUUUCAGCAUCAUGAAUGCUUGUACUUGGUUUAAUUUCCCUACAUAACCAUGUGGUGGCAGUAGUGCGGUUAGAAUGAAACGAGGUGGGUAACCAUAGGAAAUUGUUUUCAGUGAUAAUGUAUGUCAGUGGUUGAAUAUGCAUUAAAGACAUGCUCUGGAACUUUG